UCGACAAUACUCAUUUUUUAGUCCACGUGUGUGCUGACGACGCUUGUGAAGUCUUCUUUUUCUUUUAAAUAAAAGUAUUUUUUAUAUUUAAAUGUGCUCAUAGUAUAUAUAAUAUUAGAAUGAAGGUUAAAGUAUUGACUAGGAAUCCUGAUGAAUAUCUUCGAGAAACAAAACGUGAUUUGCAUAAAGUUCCCAGGAAUUAUGAUCCUGCUUUACAUCCUUUCGAAGCCGCCAGAGAAUACACACGAGCAUUGAAUGCUGUGAAACUUGACAAAGUGUUUGCAAAACCAUUCAUAGGGAAUUUAGAGGGCCAUAAAGAUGGAGUUUCCUGUGUUUGCAAGCAUCCUCAACAAUUGUCAAUGUUUCUUAGUGGUGCUUUUGAUGGUGAAGUCAGAAUAUGGAAUUUACCGUUCCGUAAAUGUAAAAGAACCAUUUUAGCACAUGAUGGAAUUGUGAGAGGCAUUGCUUUCACAGAAGACAUUGAGCAUUUUAUUACUUUGGGUGAUGAUAAAACGAUAAAAACCUGGAAGUUUGAUUGUUUAUCAGAUGAUUCAAAUGAUGAGCCAACCAAUACAAUAAUCAGUCGACAUGUUUUAACUGGUGUUACACAUCAUCGAAACAAACCUCUAUUUGCAACAUGUGGAGAAGUUUGUCAGUUGUGGGAAGAAACCAGAAAUGAACCUAUUAAAAGUUUCCAAUGGGGAGUUGAUAGUUUACAUGAUGUUAAAUUCAAUUUAGUAGAGACAAAUCUACUUGCAGCUUGUGCAAGCGAUCGAAGUAUUAUACUAUAUGAUACUAGGGAUGUAGGACCAUUAAGAAAAGUUAUUAUGAAGCUACGAGCUAAUAAGCUUUGUUGGAAUCCUAUGGAAGCAUAUACCUUUACUUGUGCUAGUGAAGAUUACAAUUUAUAUACAUUUGAUGCACGCAAACUAUCAACUCCAGUAAAUGUUCAUAUGGAUCAUGUUGGUGCAGUUACAGAUGUAGAUUAUGCACCAACUGGAAAAGAAUUUGUGUCAGGAAGCUACGAUAAAACAAUACGAAUAUACGAAAUGAACAAAGGACAUUCUCGAGAAAUUUAUCACACAAAACGAAUGCAAAGACUUUCGAGUGUUGCUUGGUCACUUGAUAAUAAAUAUAUAAUGAGUGGAAGUGAUGAGAUGAAUAUUCGAGUCUGGAAAGCUCGAGCAUCAGAAAAGCUUGGAACUUUGAAACCAAGAGAAAAGGCUGCAUUGAAUUACAGUGAUACAUUGAAACAAAAAUUUGCUAGUCAUCCCCAAGUAAAUCGAAUUGCAAGGCAUCGACAAGUUCCAAAAUACAUUUAUAAUGCUCAAGCUGAAUUACGAACUAUACGUAAGAAACAGAAACGCAAGGAAAGCAAUCUCCGGGCCCAUUCAAAACCAGGUUCGGUUCCAUUUGUACCAGAAAGAGCACGACAUGUUGUCAGAGAAGAAAAAUAAAUGUUACAGCUUUUAUUAUCACACAAAAAUACUUUUUAUUAUCAAUACUAAACAGCUGUUGACUUGUAAAAAAACUCUUAUAUUGAGGAAAACAAAUAAAAGAACUGAAUUGAUUUGUAAUAAA